AUGGGCAAAAUGGACAUUGACGCCACGCCGGUUGUGGUGGGAGGCGAGACCUUUGAGAUCAGCCCGCGCUCUGUGCAGGGACCGCUGGUGGAGAUUACCAGCUGUGUGGGUCUUGGAUUGUUUGCUGGUUUGAGUCUCCUCCUCCGCAAGGUUCAUGAGGAAGGGCUUUGGUCCUGGUUCCUUGGAGCUGUAAGUCUGGCUGCGAUCACUAAGAAGGCAUGGGCGAAACGUGCUGAAGCCAUGGUCAUCCCGCCCCUGAUGGAUCAGGUGGAUCACUAUUUUCAGCCCGCCCGCUGGGAGCUCCUGAAGGGCAUCAAGGGCCAGGUGCUGGACUUGGGCUGCGGCAGUGGCCCCUACCUCCGCUACUACCUGGAUUCUCAUGCGCGCGGUGCUGGCGUGUCUAAGGUGGUGAUGUUGGAACCCAACACAAAGAUGCAGCCGACGCUGCAACGAAACAUGGAAGAGGCUAAGAGGACAGCGCCUGGCCUGGAGUUGGAAGCCACCAGUUGCUUCAUCGAGGACCGGGGUAGGAACUUAGGGCGCAUUAGUCGGCGUCAAGCGAAUGCUGUGGUGGCCAGAAAUGGCUUCUUCCUGGGGGCUUCGCAGUUGGAUUUCUGGCUGGUGGCGGCCACCUGCGUGGCCGGUCUGCUGCUCUGCUUCCUGUGCUCCGUGGCGGCCGUGGAGCUUCAAACCUGGCGCUGGAGAUGGGGGAAGGAGGUGCGGCGGCGGAAUACCGUGGGCACCUUGCUCACCGAACCCCUGCUGCGGCGGCCACCGCAACACCUGGGCUUUCUUCAUCGGGUGAUUUUCAAGGCCCAACGCUUUGGGGAAAGCUUCGCCUUCUUCUCGGAUCUGGCGUUGCGUGGGGCGCUGGUGGCGUCCUUCUGCGCGGCCAGCUAUCGGGUGCCAGCGCUCAGCUGGUGGCAACAGCAGGGAUGGGAGAUGAGCUAUGUUGUGGUGAUUGUCGCCUUCAGUUUCUACACUGAUCUGGGUACCUCCAAUUUUCUGGCUUGGACGGGCUUCUAUGGAACUCUGCUUCCAGUGGCCAACUGUUGGCUCAUGUUUAGCAUCUUCCCUUACGGCACGGCGGCGGGCGAUUGGACGGCAAAAGUCUUUGGGUAUGCCAACUUUCUAAUCGUCGUCUUGCUUACCUUCGUCUUGAACUUCGCAACGAAUGCCAAGAUGUAUACCUUGAGUUGGCAAGCCUACUUCACAAUGUGCUUCCUGAACCCCUUCGAUGACACGACCUUCAGCUGCGGCGUGCGCGAUGUGCAGCUUCAUAGCGCUGAGACGGGCGCGCUGAUGGGGACCGUGGUGGGCUGUCUGCUGGCGGUGCUGGCGGCGCUGCUCCCCAGCUGCAUCAGCGCCCUGAGUCGUGCACAGAAGAUGAUCCUGGAGGUGGUUUGGUGCCAUGGCCGCUUGCUGGAGCAGUUGCUGAACCACGGGGGCACGCACAUGCAGGAGCACACAGCGGUGGUCUUUGCUGAGGAGGUCAGGGGCUUGCACGAACAGCUGGGGGAGAUCAAGAACUUGUUGAACAGCAGCUGGUGGGAAUGCUUCGACCUUGGCUGCGCGGGACGCUCGCGGCAACUGAUGAGUCACCUCUGUGACUGCUUGGAGGUGCUGAAUGACUGGUUGGAGGCCAUGGUGAUGGCAGUGCAGCAGAAGUGCCCGCCAGGCUGUGGCCGCACCUUUCAUCACAUCAAGGAGGGCCUCUCCGACUUGACGCUGGCGGCCGAUGUGGCGCUGUACCACUGCGCCGCCCUGGCCGUGAGGGGCGCCAGCCAGGAUGGCUGUUGGAAGAGCUUGCAGGGCUCCCUGUUGGACCUGCAGGAUGGGAUGGGGGGAAUAUUGGAAGCUGAGCGGAGCUUGACGCAGACCUUUGCCGAACGGGGCCUGCGGGAAGUGGAGAAGUCCCCCAUGGAGGCCAGAGCUGGAGAUAGCUGGGGAGAUGGGCUGGUGAAGGGUGAGGGCUUCUCUAAAACCGAAUUGCCGCAACUGGCACUGGCCUCCAGCAUCAGCGGCUACAGUCAGAAGGUAUCCAAUCACCUUGCGUCCUUUCAGGGCUCAGUGGGCGUGCGCCGGGUCGGUCCCUGCUGUGGCUUCUGGAAGGGGUUUGUUGACUUGUUCCCUGCCAACCCCUUCAAGCUGCAAUCAUGGAAAGCCGUGACUUACAGCCCCUCGGCCGCCUUCAGUGGCAAUGCCAAGUUAUUCGCCACCUUCCUGGUCUGUUUCAUCCUUGGUCGUCUCGGUUUGGGGAGUGGCCUCAACGCCAAACCGCUGAUCCCCAACUGGAACGCCACCCCGGCGGGGACGGUGGCCUACCUCAUCUUCCAGGGCGGAAAUAAGGCUGCGGCGUUGAAGAAGAACUUGGAUCGCUUCAUCGGAGUCGGCCUUGGAACUACGCUGGGGCAACUGACCAUGGGCAUCUCUUGCGAUAUCUCCAUGGAUGUGGGAGCCGAGUUGGCGUGUGGCUUCUUUUUGUUGGCCUACUUCUGCUUGGAAUUCCUCUCCUUCUUCGUCUACUUUGCCUCGCCGAACUUCUUCUACGCCGGCCUCAUGUUCUCCUGCUUCUUCGCGGAGCACUCGCUGCACCAGUGUGACAAGCGCAUCGGUACAAGGAGCCUGUCGAACUACCAAAAUCUUUUGAGCCAACUGGUCGCCAUCAUUGUGGCUUCCCUCAUGGACCUCCUAACCGACAAAUCCAUGAGUAUUCGUGCCACUGACAGCUUGGAAAAGUUUGUGACGGCCAUGCAGCGAGCACUGGACGCUUUCCCCUUGGGACAACGCGAUGAACUCUUCCAGUUGCGGCUCGAGGGCUUAGAGCUGUUGGCUUCGGCACGCUGCGAAGGGCGCGAGGCCGCCUCAGAGCCGCGGCUCAUGGGGGUGCCGUGGCGGGAGGAGCUCUGGCAGCACCUGAUGUACACUUGCAACGAAUCCUGGCAGAGCUUGACGGUUCUGAGUGCCACUGCCAAGCCCUCCACCCCUGAUGAGAGCAACUUGCGCCGCGCCGUGGAUGUGCUUUUGGGCGCCCCGAGCUUUCUGCGGGAGCUCCAAAGAUUGAGCUCCAGAUCGAUGGAAGCCUUUAAUGUCACGGUGGGAUUGAUGCGGCAGUCCUACUAUGACGACGCAUGCCCCAGCACUGUGGCGUUGCAGAAGCAGCUGAUGAUCGCUAGCCGACUUCAUGACUUGGCCGUUCCGCAGAUCCUGGAAGAAGUCCGCGAACGCUUGCUGCAGCGUGACACUCUUCAGCCGCCGGGCUACCUCUUGGAGGAUCGGCUUUGUGCGGUUGCAAUGUUCCUCUUGAUGUUUGAAGCCUUGGCAGAGAGGGUUCGGCUGCUGGAACAAGCAGUGCUGAAGCAACCCGAGAUGUGGCAGUUACUGGGCGAGCGACUCAUCCCUCGGGAGGUAGCAAAACCCCGAACCUGGGACUUGCGACUCCCCGGGUCAUCCAAGCUGUGCCAAGUGGUGCGGUCCGCCUUGACGUUGGCGGGGCGAAAAGGGCGAAACGCUGACCUUCCAGGCCAAGAGGUUUUCGACUGCGUGGUCUUUGGAAACGUCUUGUGCGAAGUGCCAGAUCAAGAGGAGAUCUUCCGCCACGUGGAUCGCCUGCUGAAGCCGGGCGGCCGCGUCUACUUCUCAGAGCACACGCUGACGUCCUCGGCCAUGCUGCGGUGGUUGCAGCACCUGGCCUCGCCCUUUUGGCUGUGUCACUGCAAUCGCGACUCCAUCAGCAAGUUGAGGCAGCAGCGCUGGGUGAAGGAGCUGCAUUCCUGGAAAUUUGGACUUUACUUCCCCGUGAAUCGCUGGGAGCUGGGUUUGGCCGUGAAGGCAUAG